AUGACUGCCGAUGCUGUUGAUAUCGGGUCGGUCGUUGGCGAAACAGAAGAUGAUCUGGCUCAAAAAUUGGAGGAAUUAAAUAGGAAUUUGAGCGCAGAUUCGAAGGCUGUUACCUCUUGUUCCUCAGCGAGCAAGUUUAAUCGUACCUCCUCAAAAACAAGUUUGAUUUCCUCCCUUUCUGAUGGCAGUUAUGUGGGUGGCGAAGAUGAGAACAACAGUAAUCUGUUCAUCUGUUCUGAAAAGAAGCCUAAUCGAUGGCCAUCAUUUUCAAGCGCCUUUCCCAGUUUCAUAAACACUGGCUCGAACGCACCACCUCCAUCAACAAUAUCACUUUGUCACCAGUGGAGUACCGUUAUAAACAACUGGGAACAAUAUUCCAAGAAGAAGGGAUUCAUUGCUGAUUUGAUUCGUAUGGGAAUUCCUGAUCAGUUUCGGCCGAUGAUAUGGCAACUCUGCACCGGGGCGUACGGUUCUCCUCUAAAGCAGAACUAUCACAAAUACCUUCGUGACGUCUCACCGUUUGAGCGCGCCAUCGCUCGGGACAUAUCGCGGACCUAUCCAAAGCACGACUUCUUUAAAGACAAAGGGAGCACUGGUCAGCAGAGCCUCUUCAAUGUGAUGAAGGCCUACUCUCUGCACGACCGCGAAGUCGGCUACUGCCAGGGCUCCGGAUUCAUUGUUGGCCUCCUUCUGAUGCAGAUGGGAGAGGAGGAGGCGUUCGCGGUGCUAGUACAACUGAUGAAUGAGUACCGGUUGCGUGAGCUUUACAAGCCCUGCAUGACCGAGUUGGGCGUGUGUAUGCACCAACUGGAUGGGCUGAUCGCGGAGUUCCUGCCCGAGCUGCACGCUCACUUCGCCACGCAGACUUUUGCUCCCAGCCACUACGCCUCCGCUUGGUUCCUCACCCUCUUUGCCACCGCCUUCCCCAUCUCCAUGACCACCCGAGUGAUGGAUCUCUUCAUUGCUGAGGGCAUGGAUUUCAUACUUCGUCUUUCAUUGGCCAUUCUCAAGCAGUUUGCCCCGCGCCUUCUCACCAUGGAUAUGGAGACAAUGAUUUUUUCUCUUCAACAAACCGAGUCAACGGAAUGGGAGGAUCAUGGCCGGAUACUGUUUGAGACCGCGCUAACUCUAAAAUUAAAUCCACGACGCCUGAAAAAACUUCGGAAUGAAUACAUCUUGGCAAGAAGUCAGGAGCAGGCAGAGCAAAUAGAAGUCAGGCGGCUUCGAACAGAAAAUGGCCUCCUGCUGCAACGGCUGGCCCGUUUAGAGGAGGACAACACCUAUUUGGCAAAACAGCUGGUGGGUUGUAACGUGGAACGGGCCGAGUUAUCGGAGGAGGUGUCGCGUUUGCGCGGCUGCAUUGCGCGGUGGCAGGCGAUGCAAGAAGAGGCGUCACUGCGCACCCCCACCACCUGUUCUCCACCUCAGGCUACGACUGCGGCGGUAAUAUUGGAGAAUGAUGAUACCAAGGUCUCUGAUUCCUCUUCUUCCACCUCCACCUCUCCCUCUGCCUUUUACCCCGGUUACGAGGUGGAGUCAUUGCCGGCUACGCCGCUCCCAGCACCACCGCUGCCACAACAACCACAUCGGCAGCAAGGGAUGAAGAUGUCAGCUAUCUGCAAUGGUGAUCAGACGGCAACCGCCUCACCACGCUGUUCAGAGCGGAGUGGUGGGACGGGCGCCUCGGAGACACCAACACCGACUACGUCGGGUGCAGAGUCGUGGGCCUCCGUCUCCUUUUCGCCCAUCUCGGUGAGUCGGAGCUCGGAUGACCGUCUCCUUGUGGAGACCAUACACCAACUGGAAACCGACCUCGUCCACCUCCGCGUCCGUGAGUCGGACUGCCAUUCGGCUCUGCGAGACGCCAAGGAGCGAAUUCGCCUUCUCGAAGAGAAACUGGAGUCAGCGAGAAAGGAACCUGAAGAGCAGAUUGAAGUGUUGCACAGCGAGUUGAUGAAGGUAAAGUUGCGUGAGGCAGAAGGUCUCUUGAAGCAGAAAGAGCUACGGGACCGUAUGGAAGAAAUUCAGACCCUCUGGGAGAACCAUCUGGCUCUCACAGGAGGUGGGAACAACGCUAGGGCCAAGGUGGACUCUGCCACUAACGGUGUCACGCAUUCGAGCGGAUUUCUGCGGGUCAGUGCAGGUCUGAUUCAGUCGAAAUUGCGAGGCAAAUCCGCCGCAACUUCAGCUGCAGACAAUGCGCAACACCUUUCUGAUCGUCUGUUGGAGACGAGACUCUGCUCUCAGAUCGCUGAGCUACAGCAAAGGGUUCACGAGCUGACAUCGCAGGCGGAGAUAGCUGAUCGACAGGCGAUUCGAAGGGACGAAAAGAUGAAUAAUUUGAUAGAGAAAGUGGAAGGCAGUAUCCUGCGCGAGGCCGCACUUCGUGCAGAGCUCAAAGAGGCAGAGUGUCGCUGUGCGGAUCUUGAAACAAAGGUUGGUUCUAUCGUUCUGAAGGACAGUUCAUAUUCAUAG